AUGACACAGAAGAAGAAGGUGGCAAUCGUUGGAGCCGGAGCAUCAGGUCUGCCAUGUAUUAGACAUGCGCUACUCUACGAUCUUGACGUAACAUGUUUCGAGGUUUCAUCACAUAUAGGCGGUCUGUGGAGAUACAGGGAAGAGGAGACGGAAUGUCCCACAGAAGGACCAGACAUAGGAGGUAGCAAGAUGCCCCCCAGACCACAACAGUACAUGUACUUAGCAUUAGACAAUACUCGUAAGCAAGAGAGCGAAGAAAAGAAGCUCGAUAAGCUAUACUUAGGCGCCAUGUGA